AUGUUAACUUUUGUGACGGCAUUUAUCGCAAUUGUAAUCACAUUUUUAUGGCUUUUCUCAAAACUAGACUGUGAUUUGCAGGUCUUAUGGGCCGAAAAGUUUGGACGACCUAUAAGUGAUCUGAGAGGAAAAGUAGUUUGGAUUACCGGUGCCUCGAGUGGUAUCGGAGAAGCCUUGGCUUAUAUUCUAGCGGCAAAUGGCGUCAAACUAGUCAUCUCCGGUACGAAUAGGAACCGACUCGAAGAAGUCAAACAAAAAUGCAUUCAUUGCGGUCAAUUGCAAGACACAGAUGUAUUAAUUUUAUGUUUUGAUAUGAAAAACCUAUCGGAUCACCAAAAAUAUUUCAAUUCAGUUGUCUCUCAUUUUAAGAAACUUGAUAUUCUUGUGGCAAAUGCUGGUCGCAGUCAAAGAGCUUUAUUUGAAGACAUUGAUAUUGAAGUGGACAAAGAGUUAUUUGAAAUUAAUGUCUUCGGACUCAUAAAUUUAUCGCGAAUUGUUUUGAGAUAUUUCUUACAAAAUAAAAUUAAAGGACAUUUUAUGGUCACUUCAAGUACGGCAGGAAAGUUGGGUGUACCCAACUCUGCCUCCUAUACGGCAUCUAAACAUGCUUUACAUGGUUACUUUGAAUGCUUAAGAAUUGAAUCUAAAAUGAAAGGCAUAUCCGUAACAAUGGUUUGUCCGGGACCUGUGUUUUCACGUGUAUUAGAGGCCGCUUUCACCGAUAAGAUCGGUAAAAGCACAGAACAAACCCAUUCAAUUGAUAAUAAGCGGAUGACUGCCUCCCGAUGCGCUCAUCUCAUGGCUACAGCACUCGUCAACAAUUUAGACGAAUCAUGGAUGGCUAUACAACCAGUGCUUGCAAUGCAUUAUUUUUCGCAAUAUUUACCGACAAUAUCGCGAAAACUGUUUCCUUAUGUAUUAACACCGGAAAGAAUGGUUAAACUUAGAGAAGGCUCGAAAUAAUUACUAUUUAGUUAUUUUCUAAGAUUUAAAUGAAAUUAUUUUUAGACAUUUUUUAAUACCAUAAUAAAAAAUUGCAUAAAAUACUUAUUUUAUAAAAAUUAAAUACAAUUAUUACAGUUAGGGU